AUGGAAGACUAUGAGGAACGAAGAAGGAUUCAAAAUCUGAAUGCGCAACGAAAGUGGCGUGAAAAAAGAAAGCGCACGACAAGCCUCGGAGAGCAUGCACGACAAGAAAUACCAUUCGAAAGCUGGUGUCAGACAGGUUUUAUUCCGACACCUAUACUUGAACAAGGCGAGGAUUGCCGACCACCAUGGCCUUGUGCUUUGGACUUGAUGAAUUCCUGCGAUCUGAGGACCAGCACAGCCCCAACACCUGAAUCCCUGCUUGAUAGAGCAAAUAGUGUGAAGACUUCCGAUCAUCAUUUGCUCACACCACACUCGUCCCUCGAUAUUUCUCAGCUGCCAUUGGUCAACCAGAUGGAGCAUAGCAAGGCGGAGGGCCGAAAUGGAGUUAAGAUUACGAAUUAUGCUACCCCUGGCUGGAAUGGACUGGCAGACAGUACUGCUAUCAACGGUUUAAAUGGCCUGGGACAAUCAAGUAUGGAAUCCAACCAGGAGAUCAUGGAAAGAGCCGUCAGCACCCUGCAAGCCCAAAAACGAACUCUCUGUCAAAAGAUAGAGGAGCUCUUCAGAAAGAUCCUAGAGUUAUAUACACAUGGAGUUCUACUUGAACUACUCCGUGAAGAUCCUGCAUUUCAACAUCAGCUUUUGGCUGAUAAGAAAUGGUUGUCCUCUCUGAUUCAGUGA